CUGGUUAUAUUAACAUGCUGAUCUAUUCUUGACUAUCAUUCACUCGACAGCUACUGCAGAAGUUGGCUAUUCCAUCCAUCGAGACUGAUCGCUCUUGGUAAGGAAGAGUAGCUGACAAUGCAGGAACGCUCAUCGCAAAGGAAAAUCCGAUUCUAUGGCUGAUUGCUGACAAAAAUUGUCAUCCAGCAGGGGCAAUGCAAAGUUCCACACCGCACCAGCUGAUGGGAACAGGUGAUUAAUCAGGUAAAUCUUCCAAGCCUGAGCUUUACAGCUGCGACAAAUUCUCAUCUUGGAACCGGACAUAAGAUACUGCUACUAGGAUCGAAGCUCGGUGCAUGUGUUCUGAGAGUCACUGUAGGCUGGAUAUUGGUGCGUUUGAUCGUCUCCGAGUCUGUGGUCACCUUUGAGUGACUGGCCAGGAACUCUGCGAGACAACUGAUUCUUCUGCAAAUUUCAAGGAGAGUUUGAGGGAUUGAGAAAUCAUCGGCGGGAGUUGCAUAUCUGAUUACGAUCAUUCAGGCUUGGGACAGGCCAGUUGCAACGAGACUUGCGAAAGACGCCGAAGUUCAGCUCAAAUCCAGAUCCAGCCAGACGUACCGCACAGGUGUCAACCGGAGUUGCAGUGUUGCUGGUUCAGUCCGAAGGGAUUUAAGCUUCUCGCAGGUGCUUGCAAUUCACGGCAAAUCUUAUCCAUGGGCAUUGAUCUGGUCUAACUACUAAAUCCUGCCCGUUCCUCAGUCUCGGAGUAGCACCCUCAGGUCAUGAGUGUGUGACUUUGCUCUGAUUACGAGGUUUACAAUUGCAAUUCUCUCGGCGACUGCAAUUGGAAGGGCAAGAAUGAUGCUUUCUCACGGUCAGUCUGCUGCAGCCAUGGCUUCCCAAGGAUCUCGUCUGCGCUCAGCCGUGGGCAUCACCAUUAGUUUCAUCCUCGUCUGGUUACCCACGACGUGUGCCGGUGGAUUCAUGGCCGCUGGGGUAGGCGGGCGACGGCCGGUCGAGUACAGUUCCUUUCAGGACUCGGUGACUCUGCAGCGUCAGGAAGGAUGCAUACCGAUGGGCGUCUCCCAGCUCGUCAAUUCUCCGAACGAGAAGUACGGGCUCGCACAAGCCAUCAUGUGCCCGGAUCGACAAUUCUCUCCGUGGAACGUCAGCUUCGUGUUCGGAGUGUCGACGAACAAACCAGUGACGCUAGACCUCUCUCUCAAGAACUGGACGUGGACAGUUCCCGUCGAGUUCCAGCAACCCACCAACAGCUGCGCUCUUCGAUUCACGGACGAUGGGGACUUGCAACUUGUCGUUCCGAUCAAUCCCAUGGACCCGCUGCCAUGGAGUCAGAGCCGUGUUCUGUGGAGCUCCAACACCAGUGGCCUGGGAGCCGUGGAGAUACAGGUCCAAGACAAUGGGAAUCUCGUCCUCGUCCACGAAGAUGGCAAGUCUGUCGUGUGGAAGGCUCUGGACAUUCCCGUGCUGCCUCUGCUGCCGCUCAGUGAAGCUGCAACUUCGACAACCGGAUAUCUGAGGACUGCAAUGUCGGCCGUUCUAGUCGCUCACGUGCUUCCGUUCCUCAUUAGCUGUUUGUGAUUCUGACAUACUUUUACGGAAUUUGGACAUUCCAGGUUUCUGAAAGGAAGUGCAGGUCGUUAAACGAAAUUACCGAACCUCUGAGUAGAUUCGUCUCAGUCACUCACUGAGCUUGACUGAUACUGCAUUUCUGAGCUUGCAUUUGUAAUGUAAGCGGAAUCUGUUGCGCUAGAUCUAGAGGGCCAAUGUGUACUGGGAG